GCUGAGAGGAGACCUUCCUGAUCAAGUUUUCCUACCUUAUCCGUGCCGUAUAUAACUUACCAAAAUCCUGGCAUUGGUAAAUGGCAAUGGUACAGGUAGAGGUAAAAGCAACAGCGUGAACAGCAGGUGCGUGUCUAUGAGCUCAAGGGAGCUCAGCGGCCACCGGCUGCCAUCGUCGUCGUCCGAAGACGAUGCACCGGAGACGAGAGAUCGCGUCGUGGACGGGCCGGAGGCUGAGGCCGAGAUGGUGCAUUUCAGCCACCCGGAGCACCGGCUGGCCCGGUUCGACUUCCCGCACCUGUUCAUGUGCAUGGGGUGCAAGGAGUACGGCGCCGGGAAGCGGUUCAUGUGCCAGGCCUGCGGCUUCCAGCUGCACGAGUCCUGCGCGCUGGCGCCGCCGUCGCUGCACGAGCACCCGUUCCACCCCAAGCACCCGCACCUCCUCUUCUUCGUGAAGCCGGCGUCGGGCGGCUUCCUCCGCUGCAGGUGCGACGUGUGCGGUAAGCCCGUGAGGGGCUUCUCGUUCCGGUGCGCGUCGUGCAGCUUCGACAUGCACCCGUGCUGCGCGGCGAUGGCGCGGCGGAUGGAGCUCCCGGCCGUGCACGAGCACCCGCUGCUGCUCCUGGCGCGGGACGGCGCGGAGCAGACGAGCUUCGUGUGCCAGGCGUGCAGGCGGACGAGGCGCGCGGGGCAGCACGCGUACCAGUGCCUGCCCUGCGGCUACUACCUCCACGCCAGGUGCGCCAAGGACGUGGUGAACGGGCUCUACGUGCACGGUGUCGUGCCGCCGGAGAAGAGGAGCGCGCUGGCCACCGCCGCCAGGGUCACCGUCAACGCGCUGUUCGGGGUCAUCGGCGGCCUCAUCGAGGCCAUCGGGGAGGGCAUUGGGGAGGCCUUCGUCGAGAACAUUGGCAGAAGCAGGAGAAUCUAAGCUUAAUUCGUAUGUUGAGCAAAAGCGAUCAGAUAUUUAUUCAAGUUUAUCAUACAGUGUUUGUGUCUAUUUAUUCUACUGUAUGUCUGUAUUUAUGUAGAUAUUUAAGGCAGAGCGAUAGGGCGAACGACAUAUCCAGUAAAUAUCAUAUACGCUAAGGCUACUACAAGAAAGAAUCUAUAGUACUAAUUAUUAUCCAUGUUCUAACGAAGAUUUCACCACCAUCCUGUAAAACAACUUUUAACACAAUGCACCCCCAUCUUUCACAACCAACCUAUAUGAGGUAAAAAAAAAA